AUGGUUCUGAGAAGCAAGAACAGCAGCAUGGAAGCAGCUGGCCAUGGAUGGAGAAGAAUGGGAUUCCUCUUAAUCUUCUUCCCUGAAGAAGAUAACAAUAAUAAUAAUAAUUAUACUAAUAAUUCCCCAAAUCAUCACACCAGAAAACCCUACAAUUAUUCAAAUUUCCAUUUUCUCCAAUCCACUCUCUCCAUCUCCAUUUUCUCCCUCUUACUGUUCACCGGAAUUCUUCUCUACAUAUUCUCCACCCUCCCCUCCGCCGCCGCCGCCAACCGCCGCUCCUCCGCCUACACCACCGUCCCUCGCCGACAAAUUCCCCGGCCGCCGCCGCACGCAUUGCAAGGAUUGGGCAUUCUCUACCGCCGCGGCGUUCGGGCAAUGGCCGACCUCAUCGUCGCCCACGCCGCCGACUCACUGAGUCUACACGAGCUCAGGCUGUUCCUCCGACUCUUCCACCGAUCCACCGCCGCUUCCAGAUCCGAUCUUCUGAUCAUAUUCCCGACGAGAUAUCGAUCCUCCGCCUUCGACGACGUCGUUUUGCAGGAGAACGACGCGUUUCUGAAGAUGUUAGCUCUCUCACUACCGAGUUCCGACGCCGCGGCGACUCGCUCCGGCAGACUCAGUAAGAGGGAAAGCGGCGAGACGAUAUGGGGAAGAAGAACUCGUUCCAAUUCUACGGAGUCACUCACUGAGUCGACUCGGACGAGUUACGGCUCCGUAGUGGGCUUCGACGUCCAGGAGCUCGACCCGGAGAACUCGCUAUCCGGAUUCAUGGACAAUCCCUCGAUCCGGUUACGCAGAUGGGCUUGUUACCCGUUGCUACUGGGUCGGGUCAGGCGAAAUUUCAAGCACGUAAUGUUAGUCGACAUGAAGGAGUUUUUGCUACUCGGUGAUCCGCUCAACCGGGUCAGGACCCACAGGCCCGAGUCAGUUAUUUUAAAAUCCACGGCCCUACCAAGGAACGUAAAGAAGAACACGAUCAAAGAUCCUACCCGGGUGAAACAGGUUAAUCCGGGUAUUAUAAUGGGCGGGUCAAGAGGGAUCCGUAGGCUGGCCGGAGAAAUGCUGACGGCAAUCGUUAGAGCGUCGGUGGAGCAGCAGACGAGGAAGAAGAACCCGUUUACCGAAUCGGAUCUUUUCAACCAACUCGUUCGGAAUGAAUAUGUUUUAAAGAACGUGAACGUCGUCGUUUCGACUGAGUCAGUGCCCGAGCUGGGUUCGGGCUCGAAAUCGGGGCCCCAUUUGUUGACGAAGAAUUAUAGUUUGCAGCGGUCAACUGUGUUAUCUGACAGUCACAUCUUGACCGUCAAUGAAGACGAUGAAGUCAGGAUUAACGGUGGCAGUGAGCUUUCACGGACAGCAUCCGUCACCGCCCGUCACCGUGUUUAUUGCCAUGCACGUUGA